AUGAUUGAUAGUGGCAUUCAUAGUAGAGUGCUUUUAGGUUUUUCAGAAUAUUAUGUGGCUCAUCUUGAGCUUACAGUUCAAAAAGCAGUUGCACAACAAACUUCAAUCGAAUGGGAACCGAUUUGUUCCAAUUUGUUGCCCAUAAUUCGAAGACAGAUGUCGCCGAACAUUUAUGAACAGACGGACUGCAAACCGCUUACGAUUGCUAUGGCGCCAUGGUCUAACUGGUCGGAGUGUGUCAAUGGUUAG